AUGCAUCCAGAAUCCCUUUGCAAAUUCGUGUCUAUUCUUUCAGUCAGUUUCAUUCGCACACCACUUACUACUCAUUGCGAUUCGUCAUCCCUGCUAUACAUACGACAUGGCAAAUCCCCAAAACAUCAACACGCGCAAGGCAGGUGUUCAGACGAAGCGCUUCGCUAAAGCUAGUUCGAGAGUCAGGUUCAGCUCAUCGACCCCGCGGAAGUCGGCUGUACCAAAGAAGCACAACGCCAAAACAAGAGCGAGCCCUGAUGCUCAGGAGUGUGAGAGUGAUUCUGUGGUGGAAGAGAAGAGCCAGACUGGGGAAGUGGAGUCUCAGUUCGACGAUGAAGAAGUGCCAUCCGCCGAUGACGAUCCUUUUGAAUAUGUUGGUCCAGCAACUUUAGACCAAACUCGUGGCACACUCUGCGAGCUCCACAGCUACGAUUCCCGCCACAAUUCCAAAGGGGAUCAGGUCACCCUGCGAACUGGUACAAAGUAUGCACUGGAGGACGACGAAGAAAAGAGUUCCGAAGCAGCCCUCGUAUUCACCCGGAACUUCUACUCCGGGCUGCAGAUAUGCACCCACUUAGAAAUUAGGUCGCCAUUCAUCAAAACAGCCUUAAGGGAAGUCAUCGGUUCGUACCCUGGAAUCGGCAUAGAUUCGGAGAGGAGUGUUAUUCUUUACGGCAAACCUGAGUGCCUCUUUCAUUAUCGCCAGGAGCUGGAGGACUAUGCAAUGGCGCACGACGACCCUCGGAUGAAAGAGCAUGUCCUCUUCUGCCUCAGGUACAUGAGGAAAGCUCUGCGAAAUGAAAUCUCCGCGUACGACAGCACAAUGCUUGGGAAUAGAAGCGUUCCCGGUCUAGACUUCCCGAACCUCUGGAUGGCGUUCAAACCCGGUACCAUGAUUUACGUCAAACCGAAAGAGCAUUCCGAAUCCAUUCGCAAAUGCGUGCGCAUUGACAAGAUGAAAGAUGAUGGUGAAAGCAAAUUGAGAUGGGAAGUCGAGCUUGACCGAAUCGAAUGUGAUGGGAAGGUCUUCGGUUACACGAGGGCUUGCUUCAACAUCCUGCACUAUGCAGGCUACAAGGCCUUGACAGAGCUGCCCGUAUUUCCGUUGCAGUUUCACAAAGAGGAAGAGUCAGUCAGAGAACACUUGGUAGCCAGAGGAAGAAAGUAUGCGGCCCUGCGCGGGACCCACUACCGGAUGUAUGAUGGGACUGCCCACAUUUCAUCAGCGCCCGAGUCCAGUGAUAAUGGAAAGGAAGAGUAUCUGGCGCACCACAGAAUCAUGAUUGACGCCCAGGAGUACUACCGAACGUGGAAACGGCCCAUUUUCGAACCUGAUUCCGUCAUCGAUACGGAAUCCGAUGAGCCAGCAGAACUGAGCGAAGACCAGCUUCUUGUAUGCUACUAUCGAGUUCCGGCAUUAUCUCUCGUUACUAAGCGAUGGGGCAUGGUCGACGUACAACAAAUCGAGGACAUCAAUUUCCAUUCCGAUACGUUUGCGAAGUUGGUGCUGCUCCAAGAGAAGAAGGAAAUAAUCGCCGCACUCGUCAGGAGCUGGGAGAAAGGCGCCGAGGGCUUCGAUGACUUGAUCAAGGGGAAAGGAAAGGGCCUCAUUUUCUUGCUACAUGGCCCACCAGGUGUGGGGAAGACAUUUACAGCGGAAAGUAUUGCAGAGCUCACGCAGCGUCCAUUGUAUACCGUUGGCUCCGGGGAGUUGGGUCUCUUCCGCGGUACUACAGAAGCACAGCUAUCUGCUGCACUGAACCUGGCCACAAAGUGGGGCGCAGUAGUGCUGAUAGAUGAAAUGGACGUCUUCAUGGCGGAAAGGGGAGAGAACCUUCCUCGGAACGAACUAGUCUCAGUCCUCCUCCGCGUCCUCGAAUACUUCGAAGGCAUCCUCUUCCUCACAACAAACCGCGUCGAAACAAUCGAUCCAGCCUUCAAAUCGCGCAUCCACCUAUCCAUCGCCUAUCCCCACCUGUCGACCAACUCGAAACGCGACCUAUGGAAGACCUUCGUCCAGCAAGGUUCCGAACAGCAACAGCAACAGCCAGCGUGGCUCAAUGACGGCUUCCUCAACCGCAUCGCCUCGCUCGACAUGAACGGCCGCCAAAUCAAGAACACAGUCCGCGUAGCCCACGCUCUAGCGCAGGGCCAAGGUCGCGCGAUCCUCCCGGAAGACAUCUUCUCCGCAGCGCGAUGUAUGUCGUCUUUCGACGAAGACUUCAGAGACCAGCGGGUAUGGGGUUGGAAAGCCUGGAGGACUUCAGGGCGUCUACAUUGGGCAUUUGCCGCGUCAGUCUUCCGCAGCCUAUAUGGCUCUCUUUUUGAGAAUAAGGCGCUGUGCUGGAUUGGGAGGAUGAUGCGGCGAUACAAGAGCGAAUAGGACUCGCGGAGUGGCACAGUCAUGGAAAAUGUCAAUGAAAUGCAUGCUAAAUACCGUAAAACGUACAAGCCAGACCCAACCUUAUUUGAGCCCGGAUGAUAUCAAAGGAAAGCUCUGCCAAUUCUACCUGGCCCUCUUCUGGCGACCCGCCACCUUGCAAAAGUUCAAUUUCCUCCCCUCCAACAUCCAUAGCCUCAUCCACAGUAGCCAUUGCAUAUGCGUCUGGAGUCCUUGCCUUCCUUCUAUCUACAUCCCCAGACAUUUGUCUUAUCGAUGCUGUAGUU